AUGAUCGGCCACCACAUCAGUGAGCAUGCUCGCAUCAAGAUUCUGAAAGAGGUCGCCAUACGAGCGCAGAAAUAUGUCGUGAACAUGACCUACAACUGGAAGCAGAAAAACGAAAUCCUCCCAGAGAUCCGCACACACAUCGAGAACAUCCUUGCCCGGUUCAAGCACACCAAGACACCCUCAAAGCCAAUUUUGCUACCCGCAAAGGCUAUAACAUCACCCAGAGAAACUGUGGAGGUUCAGCCAUUCAUUGUCUUGUCACCAGCCGACAUUGUCACCCUGGUCAACGCUCUAUUCCCGGAGCGACGUCCGUCAUCCAGCCACAUGGACAAUGACAGCCAGCGCCGUACGGGUCUGGCUUCCUCUGCUUCUUCCAUGUCCGGAAUGUCGGUUCCAUUCCGCAAUGCCGCCGCUUCCGUGACUGACGCAAGCUCUAUCCUGAGUGCCAGUGCUUCUUCAAUGACCAGUGACCAGACCUCGCGCGAGCCACUUCUGGACAGCAACCCGGUAUCCGGCGAAUCACCGACAGAGAUGAAGCCUGCACCAACAGAGCAAUACGGAAGACAGCUGCGAAUGGCAUGUUCUGAGAUGACUCGCCUCCUAGGUUUCGAAGCCACAUCAGGCUCUUGCCAUCCGUGCGCAGAGCGAUGGGCUGUUCUUUACAUCUCCGCCGAUGGAAAGCAGCUGAAGCCGCGUAUGCGCAAAGACUUUGAUGAUGAGGAUGAGCACGACGAGGACUCACCAGACAGCGACAGCAGCGACGACGAAGAGGGCGGGAACAGGUUCGAUCUUGGCAACGACUACCACCAGCUGAAAGAGGCAAUCGCCAAGCUGGUGGAGGAGUACGAGAUUCCCAAGGAUCUUGCGCCCGACAGCGAAUCGAAGAACUUCAGCAACAGAAUGACGACCCGCAAAAGCACUCGUGGACGUGGCCCAGUACGCAACGUCAGCGAAAACCUCGGAUCACGCAACCCAUACAACUCCACUCAGAGCCAAAGCCAGCUUACCAACAUGAUUGCCAGCCAAAGAAACGUCUCGUCACGGCGCUCACCACAAUUUCCGAGAAGUCACAGCAACCCUCAAGUCGGCGAGAAGCAAGAGAACAACUCAGUUCUGGUCACCAUGCUUGAGACUGCCAUGUACCAGUGUCAAGCACGAUCCGAUUUCGUCAAUGCGCAUAUGUACUACAAGACAUUGCAGAGUCUGAAAAGACUCAGCUCUCCGACAUUGGUCAAGAACGGCUACGCAGCCCUUCUCAACUACUUCUCCCGCAGCCCGCGCGACCUCCUCAGCAAGGCAGCCAAUGCCAUUGAAGAGUUCGAGGCCUGGUUCGUGUGGCUCAAGCAGUCCCAGGAGCGGUCAGAUGGUAUGGUCGAAGAGAUGAUGCUCACGUUCAAGAAUCUUCGAGACAAGAUGUGGUACAUCACAGAUGUCCGCACUUCCAAGCCAUACGAGGACGCCAGGAACGUUGCGCUUGCUCUCAAGAUUAUGGACCAACAGUCAAAGAUGCUCAACGUCCGGGGCCCUUCAGGCUCCCAACCGCGAAACAGCAACAGCUUCUUGCGCCAGAACGAAGCUCAGCUGGUUGACCUCAUGUCAGCCUCUCAAGAUUUCGGUGGUCCGAACAAGCUGUCAGAUGAGCAGUCGCAAAUCACGCUGAAGUGGCUUAUGCAAUACAGCGUAGAGAACUUCUGCAAAGGCGAAGAGCGGAUACAUCGUUUCUGUCUCGAAGUCGACAAGUGCGUCACCAAGGUCAUUGGUGAGGGCGUCCUUGAUGGGCCCGUGCUCUGGGCCAGCGACCUCUACAAGCGCGACCAACAAAUUCUGGAGAGUGGACGGCAGAAGGGCGACCUGUUUCUGACUGGUGUUGGCACUCUUUCCAUCGCCGGUGAUGAGGAGUACGAGACCCACGGCCGACCUGGUUCUCGUAGCCAUGACUUCUCGCAACGACCAAGCCAAGGUAGUCUGCGUGCCGCAGCUAACCGUAAUGGAUCUUCCAGUUUCGACCAGAGCCCCUGGGGAAGAAACCCCAUGGAUGCCCCCGACUACUUCGGCGGGUCUUCACCCGUUCAUGCAAUCGACUCUAUGGCUACUUUCUGGUCACCGUUCCAGACCCAAGCGCAGUCUCCUACCAACGCCACGAGCAUCCGACCACGUACCGCAUCAUCAUCGAAGGGUACGGUGAUGCUGAAGCAAUCUGCAAUGGUCAACGAAGACAAGCGCCGCUUCAUGCUCGAUCUUAAGCAAACACUCACAGGCCUGCUUCUGAGUGACCUCGGAACAAUGGUCUUCGCCAACGGCAGCGAGACAGACUCAUGGUUCGGUGGUGAUUUGCUAGACGACUGCUUCGAGCGUAGAGAUGAAGAAGAACGGAAACGCAAGAAGCAGCUCGCCAAGAAGAGCAUGAAGAACAUCCGGAAGCAGACCCUGCCCGACUCACGCAACUUGCCGCUGGAGACGCUCGGCCGCAACGAGCGUGGAACAGCGGCCCCGCCUGUUGCAACUUUCCAACACGCCAGUGCAUCCGACGCUCACCAAUCUGCCGGCGAGCAAUCUUCGACUUCCAGCGACGCGACUUCGCGUUCCGUUGGCAACGCCACAGCGAAGAAGGCUGGGCUACUCGAGUUCCCGUACAACGUUGCUUUCCGACGGCUGUUGGGCAGGUUCCAGACACAUCCCAACCCAUACUCUAAACUGCAUGCACUGUAUGAGCUAGAGCUGCUCAUCAUAGCAUCACUCUCUUCUCGAACGGGCCGCUCGUACAACAACCGUCGGGAGACUCUUCCCCCAGUGCCUCAAUCACCCACCCUUGGCACCAUGCCAGAGCUCAGUUCUCGUGAGCCGGCUACUCAAACUUCUCGUGCACAAAACCUCGAGGAAGCCAUCGCCAACUGCGAGGAGCGCCGCUCUCACAGCAUGAGCGUGGAACGCGUGAGCAACGCUUCUCCCCUGCCUCGCAACGGUGCACGCUCUCCAGUUGGACCACCAAGCACAGACAUGAUCGUUGAAGUCAUCCAAGGCCUCUUCCGCGACGCUAACAUUCGACCCAAGACCCUGUUCCGAGACCUGCAGUACAUCGCAUCUUUCGUGCCUGCGCAGAUGCUGGACAAGACUGCACGAGGCAAGGCAUUCUGGGAUGUCGGUCUCGCUGCUCUUGGCCUCAAGCAAGACGUGUGCCGAAUCAUGGUAGAGCUCGUCGAUGAGGUCAUCACCCAGAACUCGAAGCGCGAUGCAGGCAAAGUCAGCAGUGGAGCUGCUGUCGAGAAGGCUGGUGCAUCGUCUACUACACCAGCUCCGGUUGAUGAACCGCUAUCCAAGUACACCAUGGAGGAUGCCGGACGCAUGCUUCUUAUCACUGCCAAGGAGGGCGACGCAGUGGCCGAGCGUGAGCUUGCGAUCUUUUACCUCACAUCGCCCGAGCUUGUUCAUCGCACAGUCCUGCCGCUCACCAGGCCCAGCGAGGUUUUCAAGACUGAGCUUCUCAACCGUGAGAGGAAAGCGUCGCAAGACCCCGCCCGCAGCGACCCAAUGACUAUGUGUGUCGCGCAACACUGGAUGGAGCAGUCCAUGAAGGGCGGCGACCAGCUUGCCGCCAAGUACUUGCGCCAGCGCAGCGAGCUGGAGAACAUCAACCCGAGCAGGGCAUAG